CUCGCUUAAGGUCCAGCUUCCACACUUAAAAAUUCAAAGUCAGCACUUGACUGGGUUCUCUCGCCCCUCUUCAUGGGCGAAGGUCUCCGCAUAAUUGCCUAAAGUAAUCACGAAGGGAGCAAACAAAAAAUUAAAAAAAGGAAGACGCAAACAAUAAAAGAGUGGCCCUCUCUUUCGUGCUCGCACGGUCGGGAUAAGAGCGCACCACCGCGCUGCAUGCGCAUAUAGCGUGUUGCGGGCAACAAGAACUCGGCACAGGAUUACUUCUUUCCCGCUUACGGCAUGGAAGGCAGAGGUAGUAAUCACGGCAACAAGAGAAGAAAAAAAAACGCGACCUUGUUUGCAGUUGUGACGUUGCCGAGUGGUGAGUGCACGUCGAUUUUAUUGUUCUCACACCGAAGGUGCGUGGUCUGCUCUCCAGGCCAACGAGAACGCCACCGCCCGGACGCGGGAUCCCCAGAAUGCACGAUUUCUUUUCUUUCCUUCUCCGCUCGAGUCAGGAAGGCACUUAGUCCGCUGUGUUUGGUCAACAUUCACGCUCCUGGAAUUCGGAUAGCCGAAGAACAAAGAACGCCUGGACCACUUGUAGCCAGCUUUUCACUUCACCAUCGCCCAGGACACCAGGCGUCAGCGACAAGAUGACGUUCACAGUGAACCCUUUCGCAUUAGCGGAUCGGAUCGUACAGAUGGGUGAUCCUAGGACCAGAGACUACCCGCUCGUCGUGAACCCACUUUUCGUGUUCCCGCUCGUGUUCUUCUAUUUGUACUUCGUCAAGAUCGCCGGUCCAAGCUGGAUGAAAGACAAAAAGCCCUUUGACAUCAUCAAUGUAGUGCGCGCGUACAACCUGUUCAUGGUCGCAGUGAGCGCCGUAUUCCUUUACUUGCACCUGAGACUCACAUACUUGCCUGGUGGCCGCUACAGCCUCUGGUGCCAAGGUAUCACCGGCUACACGGACGACGAGCUCGCCCGCUACUACAAGUAUGGCUGGUUCUUCGUCGCUGUGCGAUACGCCGAUCUCCUGGACACUGUGUUCUGUGUGCUGCGCAAGAAGUUCAACCAGAUAACUCACCUGCACGUUAUCCAUCACACCCUGGUGACGGUCAACGUGUGGUUCUACACUCUGUUUGCGCCCGAAGGACAGCCGGCGCUAGGAUUGGCCAUAAACGUGUUUGUGCACAUCGUCAUGUACUUCUACUACUUCCUUGCCACGUUGGGCCCAAACGUUCGCAAGCACCUCUGGUGGAAAAAGUACCUGACCACAAUGCAAAUCGUGCAGUUCGUCAUAGUCAUGGCACACAUCUCCAUACCGCUGUUCGUGGACUGCGGAUUCCCUAGGUCCAUCAUAAUCAUCGGCAAUCUGCAAACUUUGCUAUUGUUGUGCAUGUUCGUGAACUUUUACAUUAAGGCGUACAUGAAUAAGGCUAGUUCCUCAAAACCCAUUGCACAGUCAGAAUUGAAAGUCAGCGAAAAUGGGUGCAAUACUAGCCAAAACGACAAGAAAGAUUGACCUAUGUUUAUGUGCCACAGCUACUUUGUAAAUUCAGAACAUCUAAUAAAAAACAAGAAAAUCACACUUACACUAUUGUUCCUUUUCCUGUUGGAUUCGCUUGUCAGACUUACCAGCAACCAGUCAAUCUCCUUCCCACAACAUUAUUUUUUGUUUAAGUCAUCAAUGUUAACUGAAAGA